AUGUGUACUUCUCUCGGACUAAUUUAUUUCAUUUCUUUUUGUCAGCAUUUUCCUAAAAAAUCCUUUUUCUAUUCAGUAAGCUUCCUCUUUUUUAUUGACACAUGUUCCUGGUCGAAAAUCAGUUUUUUUUUUCAGAUAUAUUUGCGUGCUCUUUGCCAGUCUUACAAAAAGAUUAGUAUUAUGACGUAAGUGGAGGGAAUCGGGAUAAUAAGAACAACAAAGUGUUAAUUUUAGAUCGCAGAGCGAAUUGGCAGAUUUACAGAGGGAAAAUCAAGAAUUAAGGGAUGGAUUUGAAAAAAUGAAAAGAGAAAAUGAAGAAUUGCAAGAACAAGUUCGAUUGUAAGUUUUUUUCCCGCGUAUUUUUAUUUCGAAAUGUUUCUGUUUCAGAUUCGAGGAUUUGGAAAAACGGCGGUUAGAAAUUUAUCAAGCUAACAUCGAAAAAACCAAAAGAAUGGCUGAAGAUAUGAAAAAAUUAGAGGAAGAAAAUCUAAAAUUAAGAGAAGAAGUCAGAAAACCAAGUACAAGUUUGGAAUCUGAUUCGGAACAGAUUAGAAGACUUGAAUUGCAACUUGAAAUGUACAAAGGUUUUAUGAAUGAAGGUUUGGAAAUGAUUCGUGAUGUACAAAUGGAAGAAGAGGACGAUGACACUGAAGAUGAGGCAUCUGAAGAUCUCACCAAAGGAUUUGAGGAAAUUCUAACGAUGGAUCUGGCUGAUGUUUGGAAAGGCUUGCAUAAUUCAACAAGCAUUGUUGAGAUGGAUCGAUUCAGAGAGCAAUUUCAAAUGUAUUUACAAUACGUUGAAUCAGAAUAUCAGAAAUCACUGCAGAAAAAUAAGAGAUUGACGAGUCUACCACCAGCUCCAAUGCCACUUUCUGCAGAAUUUAUGCGAGCUUAUGAAUUGCUUGUGAAAAGAGAUCCGAGAGAAAUGGAAGGAAUAUCAGAAGAAGGUGUAGAAAAAGAAAAAGUGGAGGAAAAACCAUCUAAACCCCAACAGCCGCAGAGAAUUGUUGUAGAUGAACCGGAAAAUGAAUGCGUUAUAUGUUAUAGCGAGUUACACGAAGUUGGCAAAGAUCAAUUGAAAUGUUCAGAAUGUCGGAAAGCAUAUCAUCAAGAGGUUUGUUGGAAAUUUCUAGUUUCAAAAAUUCAAAUGUUUUCAGUGUAUCCUAGAAUGGAUCAAAACCAAUUCAACAUGCCCAAUUUGCCGUACUUCAAUGCCAAAUCCAAUCGAAUUUCCACAAUUGCGCUAA